UUUUUCCGCCAUAUUACUAUUUUAUGUCAGUUUUCGCAAAACAAGAGAUGAAUGUGUGUGUUUUGUUUUAACGACGCCACGCCGUACUGUCUUAUUUUAUAAUCUAAAUAAAUGUAAAAAAAAAAUAUAUAUAAAUAAAAUGUUGUUUACGUAUAUAUUAUCCUUGAUAAUAAAUCAAUAAAUAGUUUACUUCCGGGAUUUAGUGAUAAGAUAAUUUUUUUUAAUUUAUAUUAAUUUAUAAAAAAUAUUUUAUUUUAGCUUUUUUUUUUUUUUAAUUAAGUGUUUUAUAAUUUUAAUUAUUGUGUGUCUUAAAACAAAAAACUAGUAAAUAAACAAAAUGGUGUAUAUUUCAAGGUUUACUAAUAAUCAAAGUUAAAAUAAAAUUUAUUAACUUUAGAGAAACUGUUGGUCCAUUGUUUUCGUGUAAUGGCGAAAAUAAUAUUUAUCAUAUAUUUUCUUCUUCUGACAGUUAAUCUAUGUCCAGGUGAAGAAGGAUCAUUUUUAGAAGAUGCACAAAAUAAUUCAGAUAACGAAAAUAUAGAUGAUUAUGAUGAACCUAAAAAAAAAGUAUAUAAUGGACCAAGAUUUAAAUGUUGGUCAUGUCAAGGUGAUCAAUGUAAAACACCAACAAUAUGUACUGAUGCAAUUGUUUGUUGGAAAGCAAGUGUACGUGAAAUAAAUGGUCUUGAACGUUUUGAAAGAGCUUGUACAAAUGAUCCAGAUCAUGCAAAUUUAUUAUGUGGUAAAUCAUCAUCUAAAACUGACUCAACAUAUUUGAUUGAUUGUUGUCGAAAUGAUUUAUGUAAUAAUGGAUCAUUUCCAUUGCUUCGAGAAAUUGAUGUUCAAAAUAAUGAAGAAUAUGCUUUUAAAUUGACAAUGUCAAUAUUAGGUCCAAUAAUUGGUAUUUUUAUAUUUAUUAUUGGAACAAUAUUAUUAUUUAUAUUUGCAAGAAGAAUUAAAAGAAAACGCCCACUUGUUACAAAACGUAAUAAAUUAUUAUCUGAUGCUGAUAUUGAUUCAUUGAUGAUACAUAAUUCAUCAUCAACACCAGGAUUAAUUGGUAAUGGUAAUAAUCCUCAUGAAUUACGUGCAACUGCUGCUGGUGAAAGUACAUUACGAGAAUUUAAUGAUGGUAAAAGUUUAACAAGUGGUUCUGGUUCUGGUUUGCCAGUAUUAGUACAACGUACAUUGUCAAAACAUGUAUCAUUAAUUGAGUGUCUUGGUAGUGGAGGUGGAAAUGGUGGUGGUUUUAAUAGUGAAGUAUGGAAAGGUUCAUGGAAUGGUGAAUCAGUUGCAGUUAAAAUAUAUUUAUCACAUGAUUAUUCAUAUUGGCAAAGUGAAACUGAAGUAUAUUCGCAACUUUUAACAUCAAGACAUGAUAAUAUACUUGGAUAUAUUGGUAGUGAUGUUACUCCAAAACCAGGUUGUGUACAAAUGUGGAUUGUAACACAAUAUCAUCCACUUGGUUCAUUGUAUAAUCAUUUAAAUCGUUCACCUCAUCCAUUGACACUUCAUCAAACAAUAAAUAUUUGUCUUGGUAUUAUAAAUGGACUAUUAUAUUUACAUACUGAAAUAAAUGGUACCAAAGGAAAAAAAGCAAUGGCACACAGAAAUUUAAAAUCUAAAAAUAUACUUGUUAAAAAUAAUGGAAGUUGUGUUAUUGCUGAAUUAGCAUCGACAAUAACACAAGAAAAAUUAGAUAACAAUAGUGAUGACCAUUCUGAUAUUCCACCAGGAACUAAAAGAUACAUUAGUCCAGAAAUAUUGGAUGAAAAGAUAAAUUCCAAGUGUUUAGAAUCAUACAGACGAGCAGAUAUUUAUAGUUUGGGUUUAAUUAUUUGGGAAGUUUGUCGUCGUUGUAUAAGUAACGGUGUUGCACUAGAUUACAUGGCACCAUAUGCUGAUUAUUUUCCAAAUUUAUCUCAUGAACCAUCAAUUGACGAAAUGCGAAAACUCGUAUACCUUGAUCAACGUAGACCUGAAAUACAUAACAGAUGGUCAUCUGAUCCAGCAUUAUCUGGUUUGGGUAAACUAAUGUGUGAAUGUUGGCAUGAUAAACCAGCAGCCAGAUUAACAAUUUUACGUGUUAAAAAAACAUUAAUAAAUCUAGUAAAAUUAUCUGGUAAUGAUACACGUGUUCAUUUACAACUUGACUGACCAACUUAUAAAAAAAAAAAUAAUAUUCUUAAUCCCAAUUUUUCACAAUUAUUUAUUGUUAUAUCAUUAUUCCACCGUAUCUUAAAACUUAAAAAAAAAAUUCAUAAAUUUAUCAUCUAUCUAUAUUUUGUUUUUAUUUAAACAAAUACAAUAAUUAUAGUUUUAAUAAUAUUUCUUAAUCAAGAAAAUGCAAUGUACUUUUUAAACGAUAUUAUUUAUCAAAUUUUAAUAAUUUCAUUAUCUUUUUUGUUAGACAAAAAAAAAAACAGCUAAUACACUUGUAUAUAGUUCACAUUUAUUAUGUUAUUAUUAUUGAUUGUUGUAAAAUCAUAAAAAAAACAAAUGUCAAUCUAAUUUAAGUAAAAUUUAAUUAAUAAAUUGUACGAAAUAUAGAAUGCGAGAUAAUAAUAAUUAUAAAAUCAUUUUUUUAUAAAAAAAAAAAGAAAAGAAUAUAUUUCAGUGUGCCAUUAUUACAAAUUAAUAAUACAAUAAUAAAUUUAAUAUGUUUCUAAUGUCAUAAUUUGUUUAAGUAUAUUAUUUGGAUUAUUGUAAAUAUUAUCAAUAAUUUUUGAUUUUCUUAAAAAUUCUUCAAAAUAUGAACAAUUACUCAUUGGACUAUUUAAAAAUAUUAAAAAUACUGUUCUCCAUAAUAUUGGCUCAAAAGCAUAAAACAUAGAUUUAUUUUUUUCUAUAUAUAAAAAUAAUAUUUGUACUGUUUUCCAAUCAUGUUUCAAUAUUGCUAAUCUCAUUUGUUGUAUUAUCAUUUUAACAUUAUAACCAGUUAGUUUAAUUUUAUCACUAUUUGAUGAUUUUCUUGAAUUAUCUAAAUUUAUUAAACAAUUAUGUUCUUCAUUUUUUGUAUUUUUAUUUAUUUUUUUUUGUUUUGAUUUAUUUUCUUGGUCUUUUUUUCUUAUUGCUCUUCGUACCAUCAGUAU